UCUCAUCAAAAUCCUAAAAAAAAACCCAGCUUUUCUUUUCUUCAAAGAAAGGUUUUUCAUGGAGCUUAUACCUGGUCUUCCUAAUGAUAUUGCCCGUGAAUGUUUAGUUCGUGUCCCGUACAAUAACUUCUCCAGUAUUGCAUCCACCUGUAAGGAUUGGAAGCUUGAAAUUCAUUUGCCUGAAUUUUUCCGUCAUCGGAGAGCCGCUGGUUGUAGUAAACAUGUGAUGAUCAUGACUCAAUCCCGAGUUAACCCGGAUAGAAAUUCGGGUCUGAAAUGCCAUGCCAUGCCUGUCUACCGGAUCGUGGUUUUCGAGCCCGAUGUCGGUGACUGGUGCGAGCUGCCACCGGUUCCGGGGUGUUCCGAUGGGUUGCCGUUUUGUCAAGUCGUUGGAGUCGGGUUGAACCUUGUGGUGAUGGGUGGGUUGGAUCCAGACACUUUUGAUGUCCGCAACGAGGUGUAUGUUUAUAAUUUUCUGUCAGCAACUUGGCGGUGUGGGGCCGACAUGCCGGGCGUGAAGAGGAUCUUCUUCGGAUGCGCGUCGGACUCGGAACGGACGGUGUUCGUUGCCGGCGGACACGACGGGGAGAAAAACGCAUUGAGAUCGGCAAUGGCGUAUGAUGUGGGUUCUAAUACGUGGGUCUCAUUGCCCGCUAUGGAAAAAGAGCGUGACGAGUGCAAGGGCAUCUUCCACCUCGGAAAGUUCCACGUCAUCGGCGGAUAUUGUACAGAUAGGCAAGGCCGUUUCGAGAGUAGUGCCGAGCUAUUUGACGUUGCCACAUGGCAGUGGACCCAGGUGCAAGAAAACCUCUUAUGCCAUGCCAUGUGCCCCAGAACUUGCGUGGCAGCCGAAGGAGCAUUGUACAUGUGUCAAAGAGCUGACGUCGUAAAACUCGAAGAUAAUACGUGGAAAGCAGUAGCUGAGCUGCCAGCCGACGUGUGCAAUACAGUUCAUGUAGCCACUUGGGAAGACAACUUAAUGGUGAUUGGUUCCCCAUGCUUCGGUGAGCCCUACAUUGCUUAUGUGUUGAAUCUAAAAAAUUACACGUGGACAAGAAUGGAACCUGCAGACCAAUACUCGGGUCAUGUUCAAUCGAGUUGCUAUUUAGAGUUGUGAAUAAUUUAAAUAUCAAAAUUCAAA